GGCUUCGCGAUGAAUCUUCUUCACCGAAGUAGGAAACGGCGACGUUCAGCAUCAGGCUCAGACUCCUUCUCGGAAAGUGGCGAUGACAGCAGUGACAGCCCGCAGAUCCCCUCGGGUUCAGUGCUGAGCCCGCCCCCGGGCCUGGGUCGCAAUUUGAAGGCUCACGGCCGCCGGUCGGCCGCUGCAGCAGGAGCCUGCAAGUGGACUGUUCCUGAGGACCAAAUAGACAAGCUGCUACUAGCAAAUUGGGGACUUCCUAAAGCAGUGCUGGAGAAGUAUCACAGUUUUGGUGUAAAACAGAUGUUUGAAUGGCAGGCAGAAUGUCUUUUGCUUGGACAGGUCCUGGAAGGAAAGAAUUUAGUCUAUUCAGCUCCUACAAGUGCUGGGAAGACUCUUGUUGCUGAAUUACUUAUUUUGAAACGGGUGUUGGAAAUGCGGAAGAAAGCUUUAUUUAUUCUGCCCUUUGUCUCUGUGGCUAAGGAGAAGAAAUACUAUCUCCAGAGCCUGUUUCAAGAUGUUGGAAUAAAAGUAGAUGGGUAUAUGGGCAGUACCUCUCCAGCAAGGCAUUUCUCUUCCUUGGAUAUUGCUGUUUGCACAAUCGAGAGAGCCAAUGGUCUGGUCAAUCGCCUCAUAGGGGAAAAUAAGAUGGAUCUUUUAGGAAUGGUGGUUGUGGAUGAAUUGCAUAUGCUGGGAGACUCUCACCGAGGCUAUCUGCUGGAACUUUUGCUGACCAAGAUUUGCUAUCUUACUCAGAAAUCAGCAUCUUGCCAGGCAGAUUUGGCCAAUCUUCAGUCUAAUGCUGUGCAGAUUAUUGGAAUGAGUGCUACUCUUCCUAAUUUGGAGCUUGUGGCUUCCUGGUUGAAUGCUGAGCUCUAUCACACGGAUUUUCGCCCUGUACCACUUUUGGAGUCAGUAAAAAUUGGAAAUUCUAUAUAUGACUCUUCCAUGAAGCUUGUGAGAGAAUUUCAACCCAUGCUACAAGUGAAGGGAGAUGAGGACCAUGUUGUUAGUUUAUGCUAUGAGACCAUUCAUGAUAACCAUUCAGUAUUACUUUUCUGCCCAUCAAAGAAAUGGUGUGAGAAGCUGGCAGAUACCAUUGCCCGAGAAUUUUAUAAUCUACACCAUCAAACUAAGGGUAAGUUACAGAUGGAAAUGAAAAACAUUGUCUUUGUGGACUUUAUUAUGCCACUUGACCAUGGUGUCCCUGAGACUAUUGUUCUGAGCCCCCAGGCCGACAACUCAUUGCCUCAGGUGUUUGGUGAGAGUAUCUUAGUUUGUAAGGACUCUGAAAAGUCAAAAGGUGUAGCUCUACUUCAGGGAUCUCUAAAACCUGUUCGCAGUUGUCUUCGAAGACAAGAAGGAGAAGAAAUAACUGCCAGUAUGAUCAGAGCUAUUCUAGAGAUAAUAGUCGGUGGAGUGGCAAGUACAUCACAAGAUAUGCAAAUUUAUGCAUCUUGCACAUUUUUGGCUGCAAGUCUGAAAGAGGGGAAGCAGAAAAAUCAAGAGUCUGUUCACCUUGGAGCAAUUGAGGCCUGUGUGAGCUGGCUGCUAGAGAAUGAAUUUAUUCAAAUAGCAGAAGUUGGUGAUGGAACACAAGGAAAAGUGUAUCAGCCUACACAUCUUGGUUCGGCUACUCUUUCUUCUUCACUUUCCCCAAUGGAUACUUUAGAUAUUUUUGCUGAUCUCCAAAGAGCAAUGAAGGGAUUUGUUUUAGAGAAUGAUCUGCAUAUUGUCUAUCUGGUUACGCCAAUGUUUGUGGAUUGGACCACUAUUGAUUGGUACCGAUUUUUCUGUUUGUGGGAAAAGUUGCCAACUUCUAUGAAACGCGUAGCAGAGCUAGUUGGAGUUGAAGAAGGGUUCUUGGCUCGUUGUGUGAAAGGGAAAGUAGUAGCCAGAACGGAGAGACAGCACCGGCAGAUGGCCAUCCAUAAAAGGUUUUUCACCAGUCUUGUGUUAUUAGAUUUAAUCAGUGAAGUUCCUUUAAAGGAAAUUAAUCAGAAGUAUGGAUGUAAUCGUGGACAGAUUCAAUCUUUGCAACAAUCAGCUGCUGUUUAUGCAGGGAUGAUUACAGUAUUUUCCAACCGCCUGGGCUGGCACAACAUGGAACUACUACUUUCCCAGUUUCAGAAGCGUCUUACCUUUGGCAUCCAGAGGGAGCUGUGUGACCUGAUCCGAGUGUCCUUACUUAAUGCACAGCGAGCCAGGUUCCUCUAUGCGUCUGGCUUUCUUACUGUGGCAGACCUUGCCAGAGCAAGUAUUACUCAGGUGGAGGCUGUUCUGAAAAAUGCUGUGCCUUUCAAAAGUGCCCGAAAGGCAGUGGAUGAGGAGGAGGAUGCAGUUGAAGAACGUCGGAAUAUGCGAACUGUUUGGGUGGCUGGACGAAGAGGCUUAACUGAAAGGGAAGCCGCAGCCCUUAUAGUGGAAGAAGCCAAAAUGAUUCUGCAGCAGGACUUAGUUGAAAUGGGAGUGCAGUGGAAUCCAAAUUCCCUUUUAAAUCUUGAUGCACGUUCAUUGACCAGCAGUGAAUCAGAAGUAGGGGAACACACAUUUAUUAUCCAAACUAAGAGUGUUUGUAAAAGAUUAACAACAUCAAAGAAACAAAGUAACCCAGUAAUAAUGAUUAGUGAUUCUUCUGUUAAGGAUUUGCCAAAUACCGGGCAAGAUUUAGAUACAAAUAAAGAACAUGCAAGUUCAUCUUAUAAGCUCCAGAAUGGGAAGCAAGAACAUCAUGUACAUUCCAUUUCCAGAGCAAGGAAGCGGCCUUCUUUGAACAUUAGUAGAGAGCAGUUAGGCACCUCUCUCAUGGCGCACACAACAAGCACUAAGAGAGUGGUUCAAACGUUUUCUGAAAAGACAAAAAAAGAAGCUUUGAAUGUUAGUUCAGAAGAGUUGAACUCAACCUUCCAAUCUCGGAAACACAGUAAACGUCUAAAACAAUCACGAGACAAGAGGCCUUUGAAAGACUGUGCCAUGAAUAGAAUUGAUUUACAAGAACAUACUAUGUCCAAUCCUAUCCAUUGUGAAGAUCCAUUAAUCUUAGAUGAGAAAAAUAUGGAAUCUAGAAGUACACCGUCAUUUGCUAAAAAUGUAUCUCUCCGUGCUGAGGAAAAGUGUAACAAAACAGAGCAACAUUAUUCAAGGAACAGAACAGUAACUGGUGAUAUUCUUUCGAAUCAUUUUAUCAUGAGAUCUCAGAGUAAAAAAGUGACUUGUCAAGCUACUAGUGUGGUUAGUGAAGAUGAGAGAGGGUUAGCUGUUGUUGACACAGAAAGUAUAAAUGAUAAGUUGGUACAAAAUGAUUUGAAACAGCCAAAUGUUUAUGUAAAACACCAUGACACUCAUCCAAUAAACCAGUACUCUGAGAAGCAAUCUAAUAAACAGACAAACACUGAUACAAACCAGAGAAAAGUCAUAGAUGAACAAAUGCCCCAGGAGGCAAUCAGUGAUCAUAUGAGUCGAGACUCCAAUGCUGCUAACAUCAAAUGUGAAAAUACAAAGUUAAAUGUGGAGGAAACGAAAUCAAAUAAUUUUCAGACAUUAGGAGGUAAUAUGAAUAGCACUGAGAUACCCAGCAGAUUACUUUUACCAACUGGGACAUUGGGGAAAGCAGGAGGCCAGCAUGAGAACUUCCUAAAUACCGCUCAAAAACAAGAAAAAACAGAUGCUUAUGCAGAAAACAAAACUAGAAAGAAUCCUCACAUUCCUGACUUUGGUUUAGCACUCUGUGAUUUUGAAGAUAGUUUAUGUCUGGAUACUCAGUCAGAGAAAAUAAUACAACAGAUGGCAACUGAAAAUGCCAAACAAGAAGCAGCAAAGGACACCAGCCCAACAGCAGGGAUGAUGCAGAAGAGUUUAGACAAAAGUAGCUCAACUAGCUCUUUUCAGAAAGAGGGUCGCAUUACUUUUCCUGCUGAACAGCAUUCUGUAGGAGUGACAAAUAGAGAUCAUUUGGACCUGAAUGCACAUGCUAUGAAACAAAGCACUGUUUCACGUGUAAUUCAUACUCAGACUUCACAAAGUCCAAGUUUUCUUUCUCCAGAACUGUUGGAGUCUUGUUUUAAAGGGAAUGAACUUUCUGUUACUGACUCUCAAUUAAAUAGUUUUCUUCAAGGCUAUCAAACCCAAGAAGCUGUGAAACCUGUCACACCUCUGGGUCCUCAACAGAGCACUCCCACUGGCACUGAAGUAGACUGUCUGCCAGUUUUUGAAACAAGUUUGAAUAGGAGUGAUACUUCAUUAUUUGACAGUUUCAAUGAAGACUACCUAGUAAAGGAGCAACCAGUUGCUGUACAAGCAAAAGAACCCCUUCCUUCUGAAGUAACAUCAAAGCAUUUCAGUAAUUCUCAGUGUCCACAAUCAGAGGGGCUAAUUAAACAAUCAAAUAUGAAUGAGAAUCAAGAUAUUCAGCAGCAAUCAAUCUGUUUCAGUGACGAGUCUCUUAUGUUUUCAGAAAUUGAUUCUGUUCAAAUGGUUGAAGCCUUGGACAAUGUAGAUAUAUUUCCUGUUCAAGAUAAACAUAAUGCUGUAGUAUCUCUUGAAGCAUUAGAGCUAAGUGAUCCAGGGAUUUCAGGUAAUGAUCACUGUGGUACCGAAGUAACUGCAGCAAAUCAAGAUGAAAAGGAUCAACAGUCCAGAUUGAUUGGAACAGUGCAAAAUCACUCAUUCAUAUGGUCAGGGACAUCAUUUGAUUUAAGUCCUGGACUGCAAAGGAUUUUAGAUAAAGUAUCCAGUCCUCUAGAAAAUGACGAUGUAAAACAAAGGGCUAUAAGCCUGUCUAACUUGAUGGGGAAAAAUAUAGUGUUAAAUGAUAAACAAGAAAUGAUUUCAAAUUUGGAGACAAAUCAUAUGCAGGGCGUUUCAUUUGCCCCAAAUAUUGAAGUACAAAGCAGGAUUGAGGCACUAGUGAACAAUACCAUUCAUGGGAAAGUCGCACCCCUUCUGCUUUGUAAAGAAACUUGUAUAGUUGAUGAUAAUGGUCUCAUUCCUCCGACACCCACUCCAGCAUCUGCUUCCAAGCUGUCAUUUCCAGGAAUUCUUGGAACAUCUACUGUAAAACCUGGGAAAACCAGUAGUGUUGGACAACCUGGUGAAAUAUAUUUACUUGAUUCACCCUCAGAUAUUGAAUACUGUGAUUUAAAUCCAGGGAAUAGGAAUUAUUUCAAAGAAGAGAGUCCUAUUAGAGAUACCACUUUUUCACUACAGUUAUCACAGGAUGAAUUGCACUUAACUCCAACUUCAAGCACUUCAGAAAGUUUGUUGAUAAUUGAUGUAGCCAGUGACCAAGCUCUCUUUCAAACAUUCAUUAAGGAAUGGCAGUGCAAAAAACAAUUUUCUGUCUCAGUGGCUUGUGAAAGAAUCAGUGGUUUGACAUCUGCUAAAACUGCUACUAUUGGUGGUAGGUUUAAGCAAGUUAGUUCACCUCAGGAUACUCCUAUUAGAGAUGAUGGUUUUCCUGUUAAAGACUAUGAUGAUGUCUUGGUGGUUGGACUGGCAGUAUGUUGGGGUGGAAAUGAUGCUUACUAUCUUUCAUUACAGAAGGAACAAAAUAAUUCUGGAAUCAGUGCUAGCUUGGCACCUCCGUCUCUGGAUCCAAGCCUGACUGUGAAGGAAAGGUUGUGGCACCUUCAAUCCUGCUUGCAAAAGGAUUUGGAUAAAGAACAUUCUGUUAUCAUCUAUGACUUCAUCCAGAGCUAUAAAAUUCUUCUUCUGUCUUGUGGCAUCUCCUUGGGACCAAGUUUUGAAGAUCCAAAGGUGGCAUGCUGGUUAUUAGAUCCAGAUUCCAAGGAGCCGACUCUUCACAGCAUAGUUACCAGUUUUCUUCCUCAAGCGCUUCCUCUCCUGGAAGGAAUGGAGACUGGAGAAGGAAUUCAGAGCCUUGGCCUGAAUGUCAACACUGAACAUUCGGGGCGAUACCGAGCAUCUAUAGAGUCCAUUCUCAUCUUCAACUCUAUGAAUCAACUCAAAGCUUUGUUGCAGAAGGAAAAACUUCAAGAUGUUUUCUGUAAAGUGGAGAUGCCCUCACAGUACUGUCUGGCCUUGCUAGAACUAAAUGGAAUUGGCUUCAGUACUGCAGAAUGUGAAAGUCAGAAGCACAUAAUGCAAGCCAAACUGGAUGCCAUUGAGACUCAGGCCCAUCAGCUAGCUGGCCACAGUUUCUCCUUCACCAGUUCAGAUGACAUCGCUGAGGUUUUAUUUUUGGAACUGAAGUUACCACCAAAUGGAGAGCUGAAGCACCAAGGCAACAAGAAAACUUUGGGCUCCACUAGACGAGGACAUGACAAUGGGCGAAACCGAAGGCUGGGAAAACAGUUCAGCACUAGUAAGGAUGUUUUAAAUAAGUUAAAGGCAUUACAUCCUUUACCAGGCUUGAUAUUAGAAUGGAGAAGAAUCAGUAAUGCUAUUACCAAAGUGGUCUUUCCCCUGCAGAGGGAAAAACGUCUGAAUUCUUUUCUUGGAAUGGAAAGAAUCUAUCCAGUAUCACAGUCGCACACAGCUACAGGACGAAUAACCUUCACAGACCCAAACAUUCAGAAUGUACCAAAAGAUUUUGAGAUCAAAAUGCCAACGCUAGUAGGGGAAAGCCCACCUUCCCAAGCCGUAGCUAAAGGCCUACUUCGUAUGGGCAGAGGAAGAAAUAAAAGGGGCUGUACCCUGAACUCUGGGCACCAGGCACAGAUGGAGGAGAGAGCCUCGGACAGAGGAAUGCCAUUUUCUGUCAGUAUGCGGCAUGCCUUUGUGCCUUUUCCAGGUGGUGUAAUAUUGGCUGCUGAUUACUCUCAACUUGAACUGAGGAUCCUGGCUCAUUUAUCUCAUGAUCAUCGUCUCAUUCAAGUGUUGAACACUGGAGCGGAUGUUUUCAGGAGCAUUGCCGCAGAGUGGAAAAUGAUUGAGCCAGAGUCUGUUGGGGAUGACCUGAGGCAACAGGCAAAGCAGAUUUGCUAUGGAAUCAUUUAUGGAAUGGGAGCUAAAUCUCUAGGAGAGCAGAUGGGCAUUACAGAAAACGAUGCUGCUUGCUACAUUGACUCCUUCAAAUCCAGAUACACAGGGAUUAAUCAUUUCAUGAAAGAGACAGUGAAGAACUGUAGAAGAGACGGCUUUGUUCAGACAAUUUUGGGAAGACGUAGAUAUUUGCCAGGAAUCAAAGACAACAACCCUUACCAUAAAGCUCACGCUGAGCGUCAGGCCAUCAACACAACAGUCCAAGGAUCGGCGGCUGAUAUUGUCAAAAUAGCCACAGUUAACAUUCAGAAGCAAUUGGAUACCUUCCAUUCAACCUUCAAAUCCCAUGGUCAUCGGGAGGGAAUGCUCCAGACUGACACAAGAGGGUUUUUACCAAAGAGAAGACUGCAGGGGAUGUUCUGCCCAAUCCGAGGAGGCUUCUUCAUCCUUCAACUUCACGAUGAACUCUUAUACGAAGUGGCAGAAGAUGAUGUUGUUCAGGUAGCUCAGAUUGUCAAGACAGAAAUGGAACGUGCCAUUAAGCUUUCUGUGAAGCUGAAAGUGAAAGUGAAAAUUGGUGCCAGCUGGGGUGAGCUGAAGGACUUCGAUGUGUAA